AUUAAAAAUUAAAAAUAAAAAUUAAUUCAUUCCUUCAAACUCAAGCAAAUAAUCGAACCAACCCACCACCUUCUUCUCCCCCAUCGGACCCUUUCUCCUCUUUUCAGAUUCUCUAGAAACAUUUGCUCCGCCGCCGCCGGAAUAUUCCACGCGGGAUUCCAUGUCGAACGCAUAAUCCAUAUAUAUAUAUAUAUAUAUAAUUUUGUAUCAAUUGCAACAAAAAUUAUUGAUUAUUCAAAGCCAUGGAACCGUUUGGGGUGCUGGGCGUGGACCUUUCGCCGCGGGACCUCCGCGAAACCGCCUACGAGAUCCUCGUCGGAGCGUGCCGGAGCUCCGGCUCCGGUCGGCGGCUGACCUACGUUUCCAAUUCCAGCUCUAGGGAUAGGUCGUCUCAGCAGCUGUCUCCGUUGUCGUCGUCGUCGGUGCAGCGGUCUCUGUCGACGUUGGAAUUGGAUGCGAGCGCCGUGAAGAAGGAAUUGGGUCUCAAGGGGAGGAAGAAGAAUAAGAGCGACGCCGAUAGAUUGGGCGGCGCGGCGAGUGAGGUACAGAGCAACUUGGUGAGAAAGAGGGCUGGGGUUACCGUUGGGGAGCUGGUCCGGGUUCAGAUGAGGGUUUCGGAGCAGACCGAUUCCAGAAUCCGACGUGGCUUAUUGAGAGUGGCUGCGGGGCAGCUUGGAAGACGUAUCGAAUCCAUGGUUCUGCCUUUGGAGCUAUUGCAACAUUUGAAGCCAUCCGAUUUUACUACUCAGGUUGAAUAUGAUGCUUGUCAGAAAAGAAUCUUGAAAAUCCUCGAAGCUGGACUCCUUCUCCACCCACACCUGCCUCUUGAUAAUUCCCAAACAGCCCCUCAACGUCUUCGGCAGAUAUUACACACAGCCUCACAGAAACCCAUUGAAAUUGGAAAGCAGAGUGAAUCGAUGAAUAUACUCCGUAACGUUGUAACUUCACUUGCUUGCAGAUCAUUCGACGGUUCUAUGUCCGAUACAUGCCAUUGGGCGGAUGGAAUUCCACUGAAUCUGUAUCUGUACAGGAUACUUUUACAAGCCUGCUUUGAUAUAACUGACGAAUCAUCUGUUAUUGAUGAAGUCGAUGAGGUAUUGGAUCAAAUAAAGAAGACUUGGGUAGUCCUCGGGAUAAACCAGGUGUUUCAUAAUCUCUGUUUUUUAUGGGUUCUAUUCAACCAGUACAUUAGUACAGGCGAAAUUGAAGAUGACCUUGUUUUCGCUACUGAAAAAAUGAUGGUGGAAGUGGAAAAGGACGCGAACUCAACUAACGAUCCAGCAUAUUCUAAGAUCUUAUGUUCAACGUUAGGUCUUGUAUUAGAUUGGGCAGAAAAAAUGCUUCAACGAUACCAUGAGACUUUCUACAGAGGAAAUCUAGACUUAAUGCGAAGUGUUUUGUCCCUUGGGAUAUCUGCUGCACAAAUAUUGGACAGUGGUAAGAAGAACAAAGAACUUGACGUGGCAUGUAGCAGGGUUGACACGUAUAUCAGGUCAUCAUUGCGUAGUGCUUUUUCUCAGGAAAGAGAGAAGGUCAUCUCGAGCAGAAAAUCUUCUAAGAAUCAGCGAAGUCCUCUUCCACUCCUUUCGAUCCUUGCCCAAAAUAUCUGUGACCUGGCAUUCAACGAGAAGGAAAUAUAUAGCUCUGUACUGAAGAGAUGGCACCCUGUUCCCACAGGUGUAGCUGUUGCCACUCUUCACGCUUGCUUUGCGAAAGAGCUCAAACGAUUUGUUUCGGGUAUAAGUGAACUAACUCCUGAAGCUAUACAAGUGCUGCUAGCUGCCGAAAAACUUGAAAAAGAUCUAGUGGAAAUGGCGGUUGCCGAUUCGCUGGACAGUGAAGAUGGAGGGAAGGCGACAAUUCAGGAGAUGGCUCCUUACGAAACUCAGGCUGUGAUUAAAAACUUUGUGAAGUCUUGGAUACAGACCAGAGUUGACCGGCUCCGGGAAUGGGUUGACAGAAAUUUGGAGCAAGAGGAGUGGAAUCCUCAAGUAAAUAAAGGUCGAUUUGCACCCUCUGCUGUGGAAGUUCUACGUAUCAUGGACGAGACUUUGGAAGCAUUUUUCUUGUUGCCAAUUCCAAUGCAUCCACUUCUGCUUCCCGAGUUGAUGUGUGGUUUAGACCAAUGCCUUGAGAACUACAUCGUAAAGGCCAAAUCUGGAUGCGGAUCUCGAACUACCUUUAUUCCAAUGCUGCCCCCACUCACCAGAUGCGCUGCUGCUUCAAAGUUCAGCCCAUUCAAGAAGAAAGAUCGAGUACCGACGAGCCCAGGAAGGAAAUUCCAGAACGGUAAUAAACAUGAAGAUGAUUUCUUCAGUGUACCACGCCUUUGCCUUCGUAUUAACACCUUAUACAACAUCACGAAAGAAUUGGAAGCACUGGAAAAAAGGACAAAGACUAAUCUGAGGAAAAGUGGAUUCGCCCGUGACGAAAAUGUCGCGAGUGGCAAUUUCGUGAUUUCGGUAUCUUCCUGCACGGAAGGGAUGAGGCAGCUAUCUGAAGCAUCUGCAUACAAGAUUGUGUUUCAAGAACUAAGGCCAGUCCUUGGCGACUAUCUCUACACCGGAGAAACUUCUUCGUCGAGAAUCGAACCUUUUCUUCAAGAGGUGGAGCGGUAUCUAGAAAUAAUCUCUGUAACUGUACACGAAAGGGUCCGCACACGUGUCAUCACUGAUGUCAUGAAAGCUUCGUUCGAGGGUUUCAUGUUGGUCUUGCUUGCUGGCGGGCCCCACCGAGUCUUUGCCUUGCAGGAUGCUCCGGUUAUAGAGGAGGAUUUCAAGUUAUUGACCGAUCUUUUCUGGUCAAACGGGGACGGUUUGCCGUUGGAUUUGAUCGAUAAGUUAUCGCCUACUGUGACGGGUGUGAUCUCUCUUUUCAAAACGGGCACGGACGAACUUGUGGAGCAGCUCAAACAGGCCGUUUUGGAUAGCAACGGGGCUCCGGCGAAAUCGAGGAUGCCUUUGCCUCCAACAACGGGUCAGUGGGGUCCAAAUGAACCGAAUACUAUUUUACGUGUUUUGUGUAAUAGGAACGACAAGGUUGCUUCCAAGUUUCUGAAGAGAACGUUCGACUUGCCGAAGAAAGCGUAAAUAUUGAAAUCAGGUUAUGGAGUAUGAUUUGGUGUUUGAAUACACGUGUGCAGAAGCUAUUUAAAAUUUUAAAUGGGAUUUUCAAUUAAUGGGGAGCCGAGAGAUUAUUUAUGCAGAAGUGAUUUUGGGGGUACUCUAUACCUCUGGUUGUUUUUAUUUUUUUUUAAAUAAUUUUCCUUGUGAAAAUAGAAGCAGCUAAAUUAUGGUUUUUGAGGCUGCAGAGUUUGUAUAUCAUAAUAGAUUGUAUAUAAACUUCAUAUUUCAGUAGUGAAAUUCAUUGAUUGAUCAACUUUUCAACUUU